GCUCUAGCUGGCUCUAGUCGGCCGCAAGGGAUACCGCGUUCCAAUCCCAGCGUCAACUUGAAGCGUUGACUACACGUGGUGCCCGAUAGAAUUUGCAGGUUAAUUUACGACAAGAAAACAAAACAAUCGUCUCAAUGAUGAGUUUGACGAAGCAAAAGAAGCGUUCCAAGAGCGAAAGCCUGGUAGAAUCCGGAGCAAGUAUUGAGACAGAUUCAGCACCAAAAAAGAAGCAGAAAAAGGAUGCUAAAAACGUGGAGGAGAAGACUAGCAAAGUUAACGGCAGUUCGGAGGCAACGACGCAGCUGACCACCAGCCAGCGCAAAAGACUAAAAAGCAAACAACGCAAGCUGAAAGCGAUAGAGAAGAUAAAGGCUGAGGGAGGAACGCCGAAGUCUCUGUGGUCUGCUAAAAAAGAGCAUCAGGCUGCCAAAGCCGCAGAGAAAAGUGCUAAGGGCAAAACGAAGGUAGAAAAGAAAUCCGGAGAUACGGUAAAGGCUAAAGAGAAACGAGCGGAAAAAAUAAAGUCAAGAAAACAGAAACGACUCAGCGAGGGUCAGUACAAAAUAGACCAGAUCAUCUUGUCGCCGGAUGAAAUAAGGCUGAGAAUCGAGGAGAUCAAGGGCAGAGCGGAGUUGACUAAAACGGCGCGAAGGAAGCUGGCUGUACUGAAAAAAAAAUUGGCUGUUUUGGAGGGGGUCGCACUCCAGAGCGAUAAAAAGGGAGACACGGAAAAGAAAAGCGACAACAAGGGAUUGUCAAAGGCUGAGAAGCGCAGGCUGAGACGUGAGAAAGGAGCUCCUGGAGACGCGGAGGGAACGGAAGCCGGCGAACCGGAUGUUGAGAAGCCGGUAAACAUUCAUACGUUCGAGAAAAAGAAGGCUAAAUUGAACAAGGCGCAGCCAAGUAAGGGGGAAGUAGAAGGGGCAGACAAGAAGAAGAAUAAGGAAAAGAAGCAGGAUGCAAUCGUUCAACAGGUGAGCAAGGCUGGCAACAAGAUAGUGAAAAAGACAAAGUUAGUCAGCGAGAGCGUUGAAGAUGAGGACGAAGACGACGAUGAAGAGGAAGCAGAGUCGGAGUCUGCGAGUGAAGAUGAAACUGCUGGAGUAGAGGAGGGAGAAGACAGUGAAGAUGACGACGACGAUGAUGAAGAGGAAGAUGACGAGGAGGAGGAGGAGGAAGAAGAAGAGGAUAGCGAUGAGGAAGAAGAGACCCAAUCCAAUGGAUUGAAUUCUUCUCUGAACCAGUUUACAGAGAAAGAUGCAGGCGAGGAAGAAGAAGAAGAAGAAGAAGAAGACGACGAGGAUGAGGAAGAAGAAGAAGACGAAGAUGAGGACGACCAUCCAUCAAAGAAGAAAGCGACAAAUGCUUCCAAGCCUGAAGGUAAACAGAAGAAGGAACAGCAAACGAAUUUGAAGAAACAACAAGGCCAGGAAGCGAACGGCGAUAAGAAAAAAAGAUAUGUUUUGUUUGUUGGAAACAUACCGUUUGACUUAAAGCCAGCGGAUUUGGAAAAACAUUUCCUGACCAAGGUUGGCGAGGUGUCCAGCGUUCGGAUACCAACAAAAAAGGGAACUCAGAUUCCACGAGGAUUUGCUUACGUCGAAGUGACCAAUAAUAUUGACUACGAGAAAGGACUGUCUCUUCACCAUUCGAUGGUAAAUGGCAGGAGAAUAAACGUGGAAUACACGUUGGCGGGUUCGAAGCAGGUGGUCAAAAGGCAAGAAUUGGUGUCGAAAAAUCAGAAGCUACACGCUAUGAGAAAAGCUGGUCAACUGGCUGGCAGUCAAAAGCACGACCAGAAACGAAGCGUAAGACGAUUUAAGAAGAAGGAACAAGAGCGCAAACCAAACUAAAUGAUAGUCGGUGAAAGAUGACAAAAUAUUAACGGAUAUUAGGGGGGUCAGACAAAUUUUCUUCACAACGCCCCCAAAUCUGUUCCAAAUCAUUCAAAAAAUAAAACGCUGUGUAAAGUUUCAAGCUGCUACGUCAGUGGGAUAUAAAAUUUUGAAAUUUUCAGGGUUUCUUCCUAUCACUAUAAGCAACAACUACGCUGAACUAUAAAUCGAUCCCUCAAUUUAUACCAAAGUCAUACAAAACGAAAUAACUGGUUAUAAAAACUACAUGUAUUUUACAUUUUAAACUUUCGGAGCUUAGCGGCACGUUUUCCCAUUGACAUUGCGGCUUGAAACUUUACACAAUUUUUAUUUUUUUUUUAACGAUUAGGCACAGACUUUGGGGGACGUCGUAAAGAAAAUUUUUCCGACCCCCAAACAAGAACCGCCGUAUUGGAUAUAUUCAACAAAUACGUGACGCGAGAAAUAUCAAAGGACGUUAAUUUAACAACGAGGUUGAAUUUAUAUUUUACACGCUAGACUUGACGGAAC